GCUUUUGCUCUUGUCUUCUUUCUCUGCCCUGUAUACCAGUGAAUGAUUCACCAAAUCUUUGGAGCACCUUACCCAUUCCUGCUUGAAAGCUCCAUUCAAAAAGGAAUUUUCACAGGAUUGUCUUAUCGCUUCUGUCCAACCUGAGCUUGAACACUUUUUGCUAAACCGCGUCCCAACCCUCUGUGUUUGCAAAACUCCCCUGAUUUGAUCAUGAAUAGAAUCAUGCUUAAACAGGAUUUCGAAGUAAUUGCGCCAUCGAACCACGAAAUUCACGAUGACGAUCUGCAGAGUUCAUGGAUGUGGCAACAUUCGAGUUUCUGUAUUCUGAGACCGAAGCCCGAGCCCACAGAUUCACAUCCGUCAGCGGUAUCUUCAAGUGGGACAGCGAUUGGUGCCUUCCCGGAUCAUCAGAAGAAUGACCAAUUGGAUUUCAAGGCCCAUUAUAUUUCCGAUCGGUCAUUGAAAACUGUACAAGGCGCUCUUGUGAGCCCUUCGGACGAAAGUCGCAGAUGGGUGAUUAGGGUAGUGACAGCACCUUCCGUUUCAGAGAGAGAUCAACGAGCACAUGUGUGCAACUACUGUGGUAAAUCGUUUUCGAGGGCUGAUAUUCUUCGAAUACAUCUUCGUUCAGUUCAUAGGAAUCGACACCCUCACUUGCGUGAGUAUUGUGAGAAAUCCUUUUCCCAACAAUCUAACCUCCAGUCUCACGUGGAUUCCGUCCAUUUGAACCAACGAUCCCACAACUGCGUGUACUGUGAGAAACGUUUUACUCGAAAAUUUCAUCUCCAGACUCACGUAAAUUCAGUGCACUUGAAGCAACGGCCUUAUACUUGUGAACUUUGCGGUAAAUCGUUCGUUGUGAAGGACUGUAUGCGAAGACACUUCAAGUUCGUUCAUUUGAAAGAGCGACCUCACAAAUGCAAGCACUGUGAGAAAACCUUUCCUCUUAUGAGCAAACUACGAAUCCACGAAAAGUCUGUUCACUUGAAGCUACGACCCUAUGCAUGCACACAGUGCAGCAAAUCGUUCGCUCUGAAAGGUAAUAUGCGAAAGCACCUCGAAUCUGUUCAUUCGAAUAAACCGGCUGGUGCAAAGACAUGCAGUCCAUCGUGAAAGUCCUCCAACU